UUGGCCAUUCUCUUCCUUCUUUCAUCUCUCUCUUCUUUCUUUUGAAGCCCUACUUUUUUCAUACCACGCCCCUCUACAGUCUCUCAGCAGCCUCGCCGCUUGCCUUAUACCCUCUGGGCGAUCACUCGCUCCCGAGUCUCUCGUUCUUCUUACGGAAAGCAUCCGCGCGCUUUGAACGCCCGGCAUAAAAGAAAUCAAACGUAAUACCGCUUUGGUCUUGACGACGUUCCCCAUUCCGCAAUUUUGAUCCACCUGUUGUUACUCCGUUGUGACACUUUCAAGAGUGGUAAAGACCGAAAUGGCUUCCACGCUCGCUUCAAACUUCCUUAUCGAUCCCUCACCGCCAAUUACUACGUCUUCCUCUCCGGUCUCUGCCUUUCAAGUAAGCCAGGCGCCUUAUACGACUUCUGUUUCACCACCCGUACAACAUCCCGGUGGCAGACUCACAACACCAUUAGCGCCUCCUCCCCCACCACCUCUCCACCUGUCGUCUCAUCGCCAUGGACCUGGUCCAGAAAGACAGAUCAGAUACGCCGGGGCUGACCAUACACUUGGGCCGACCUUUAGCGAGGAGGAAGAUGGAGAUGAUUCCGCCUUCAUUGCUGCAAAGAUGGCAGCUUUAGGUCUGGACCCCAAUGGUGUCCCAUACAGUCAAAAUGGCUAUUCAGGGUCUCACAAUGCUCGAGCUCCUCGCGCGAAACGGUCACGCACCCCGACAGUUAUUCGAUUGCAUGAUCAAUCGGGAUACCAGAAGCAUGCUCAGCAGGAGGCUCUGAUUAGCCUUCUCGCACAUCAAGGUUCGUCGGCACAAGUUCGCGAAGCUUUAGCAUUACUUGAGCUUGAGCAGGCUCAGCAAGCCGCAACCGAUCGUCACUACCAUACUCAGAUGAUGGCUCAGAAUAAUGCGCGUUUAGCAGCUCAGCGACAGGCAGACAGGCAGGCGGAGUACGAGAAACAGCUCUAUGUCCAGCAACAGAUGCAGCAGAAGCAGUUGGAGCAACUGGCCAUUCAGCGUGAGGCUACGAAGAGACAAUUCCAGCAGCAACAAGAAGAACAGUAUAUGUUCCAACAGCGAGAGCAACGCUUGCAGCAACUUCAUCUCCAACAGCAGCUAGCUGCUCUUCAGACGGACUCUUAUGUUGCUCAAGCUCAAGCUCAGCGUCAGCGCAGCAUUCUUGGCGCUCAGAUGCAAGCGAAUCUCCAGGCUAGAUCCGAGCGAGCCGCCCAGGCUAACUGGGCCAUGGGAGUAAAUGAAGCGGAUCUCAAGGCCCGAUUCGAGUCGGCUAUGCCCGUAAGGAGUCCAAUCCGUGAAGAUCACUCCCGUUUUGAAACCGCUCUUUAUGGCACGCGGGGCACUUCUACCUCUUCUUCUGCUAGCGGUAGCCCUAAUACCCCUUCCUGGCCCUCUGCUCAGUCUUCUUCGCCCACAAAGUCGAUCUCGGGCAUUGCCGAACCAGUCUCAGUUCCUGUUUCUUCCAAGGCGGCCCCGGGUGGACGUUUCGCUCAGGCUCGUCUUGCUCUCGCUGCCUCUGGUACUUCCUCGUACGGCACUCUCACUGCUACCUUGUCUAAGAGAUCUUCCUCUGAGGACCAAACCACUUUUCCUGUGGCUGAAGUGAAGAUUCCCCCUGGUGAAGUGUCCCGCACUACGCCUGCCUCCCCCAUCACUCAGCAGGCUCGUCAGUCGGUCGGUCUUGGCCUUGGUCGCCCGGCGGCUUCUGUUACAACAGCUGAAGCAAAAAUAACCAGAGACGCGGUUGAUGCUGCUAGUGCUAGGAUUUCCAAUGUCGCCUUUGGCAGACCUCAUUCUUCCGGAAACAACGACUCAAGGUCUUCCAGCCAGUCUAUCGGAUUAGCGGUGAAGAAAAUCUCCGUUGCUCGUCAGCCUUCUGGUCCUCCUGGGGACGUUAAGGAUCUUGGUGACAGAAACUUCCAAGCUCGUAUCCGAAAGCAAGCAGGGCUCAACCUCGGCAUGCUUAAUCGACGAACUGAAUCUCCUGUCGAGAUCGCCUCCACCGCCUAGGCUCGGAUUUCCCAAUUUUAUUUCCCACUUGAUUGCUUUAAUAAUGUACAGUACGCCUGUUUGUAUUUGAUUUAAUGGGAGGUUGCUAGGAGCAACGAUGAGAAGAGCAGGGACACAAGCUGUUGGGACUGUUUUCGCGAACAGCAUCGCUGUCCUUUGGAGAAGAAAGAAAAAAGAAUGACGAAAUCUUCGUCGGCAUGCCCGUUGGCCCAUUCAUUUCCUUUUGUAUAUCAAUACCUGCCAGUAUACAAUAAUUACUAUGUUCGUUGUAGGAUCAGACCAAGAGUUGCUUUUGUGAUGACAUGAUGUUGAACAUAUCUUCGUGGGUCCAACAGACAGCAAACCGCGAGUCGAUAGGUGUAGAGGACAUGAUCAAUGAAGGAAUACGGAAUGGACAUGAUUAGUGAAGGAAUACGGAAAACAAAACAAAAAAGCUGUUUCUAGAACACAAGGUAAUGGAUAUCCAUAUUUAUACAACC